AUGAGCGCCAACCCCCAGUGGGACACCAGCAGGGCGCUGGGGGUGGCCAGGUUCUUCCAUCUGGUGUGCGGGGUCCGGGAUGCCUGCGUGACCCCGUUCCUGACCCUCUACCUGCGGCAGCUGGGCUUGGCCGCGCCCUGGGUGGGCAUCCUAAUGGGAACCAAGCACCUGAUCGCAGCCUUCUGGGCUCCCUUCUGUGCCUUCCUGGCCAAAAGCUACCAGAAGCGGAGGGUGCUUCUGAUAGGCUCGCUGCUCGGCUCGGUGGGAGCCAGCCUGUUGAUGGUCCUGGUGCCGCCCUUGGACAGAGACCCAGGGUACCGCUCGUGUAACGGAAGCCACAGCGUGACCGCCACGGUCCCACCACCGGCGGUCGCACUCACCGUGAACUUCACCUCCGCCCCCGAGCCGGCUCCGAACUACCCAGCGCCCAGCCUCCCAGCCCAGAGGAGUACUGGGGUCGGCCCAGCCGAUGGCUUCAGAGAAGGGCCUGGGGAAAGUGGCCAAGAACCUUUGAGUCGUCUGCCCAGCUCCUUUGUGGGCUCCAUCCAAGGAACCAGGACCACAUCCCGAGUUCUCCAUCCUGUUACUUCAAGAGUGAAAGAUACUCCCCAGGAAGCUGCUUUUAGGAUGGUCGGUCCUGCCCUCCCUUUGCUUGCUGGGGGUACGGCGUUGGCAAGUCCGGCCAACCAGUCGGCAGCCAAGGGGAUGGCGGGGGCCCUCGACCUCUCCUUGGAACGGUUGCGGUGGACUUUCAUCCUCUCCCUGGGCUCCAUGGUGUUCUGGGAGCUACUGACAUCCCCUCUGGAGCAGGUGGCAGAUGACAGCCUUUAUGAAUACCUGGAUUUUGUGGACGCCACUGACCGCUACAGAAGCCUGUGGAUCUGGAGGCUGCUGGGCAUGUCGGCAGGCGUGUGUGGCAUCUCAGCCUUGGUGGGGCAGCUGGACUGCCUCCUGAUGACAGGUGGCCCCCGGGGUGUAGUGCACUUCUACGGCUACUCACUGGUCGGCACCCUGGCUUUACUGGUGAGCAUUGCCUUUCCCGUCCCCGUCUGCAGGCGGUGGGAGCCCAGCUACAAAAUGGUCAAAGCCCUGUCUCUCGUAGGCGGUGACCCCCGCCUCAUCACCCUCGCCCUAACUGUCUUCUUGAUAGGAACCGCCACCAGCACCGUGCAGAACUUCUUGUUCUGGCACAUGAAAGACCACGAGAGCACCGAACUGGUCAUGGGCUUCUCAGUGGCCCUGGGCUUGCUGGGGGAAAUCCUGCUUCAUCCUCUCAAAACUCCGUUGCUUAGGAAGCUGUCCAGGGUGGGCACGGUGGGGCUAGGGCUGGGCUGCCUGGCGGGGCAGCUUCUGUAUUUCUCUUUCCUCUGGAGCUGGUGGUCUGUCCUUCCCGCUCAGAUCUUGAGCGCCGUCAGCCACGGGGCUCUGUGGUGGGCAGUCGGGGCCACCAUAGAGCAUCUGGCCACUCCCGGAACAGAGAGACCUCUGAGUGCCAUGUUCCGAGGCCACUUUCACGGGGUCGGGGCCGGCCUGGGCAGCUUUGUGGGGGGCUUCGUGGUGAUGCAUUUCAGCUUAGCUGUGCUCUACCGGUCCUGCUGUGUGGUCCUGUUGCUCUGGCUGGCCUUGUUCCUGUCCAUCCAGUCCAGACUGCCCCAGGAGCGGAAAAUCAACUACUCUAAGCUGCUGGCCGUGGGGGCCAGUGACACGAGUGAUUCUGAGCAGGGGACCGAACAGGACUGGCUUGUGAAGGCCAUGAGAGACGAGCACUCAGACUGGAGGGGCUGA